AUGGAUCAACCAAUAACUUUUCCUAAUAAUCAAUCUCAUUUUUAUAAUCCUCAAAAUUAUUAUUCCUCUAUUCCUGUUUUUGAUCCAUCAACUGUCUAUUACCCACAAAAUUCAUUGAUAAAUAAUUAUCUUUUACCUUUCCCAAAUACAAAUAUUUCACCUAUUAAUAUUAAUUCAAAAAAUUUUAAACAAAAUAUUAAAUCAGUAUCUGGUGAUUCUGAUGAAAAAAAAUCUCGUCGCAAUAGAACAGCUUUUAAUGAUACACAAUUGGAUGAAUUAGAAAAAUGUUUUAAGAUGUGUCAAUAUCCUGAUGUAUCAUUGAGAGAAAAACUUUCUAAGGAAAUUAAUUUACCUGAAGCAAGAAUUCAAGUUUGGUUUAAAAAUCGUCGAGCUAAACAUAGAAGACGUCUUAGAAAUAUGCCAUCACCAGAAGGUUUUGAAAAUAAUAGUACUAUAAUUUCGGAUAGUCAAAGUUAUAACAAUGUUAAAACUGGUAUCAAAUGCCAACAAAAUCAAGUAAUAACAUGGACACCAAGUAUGUCAUUUCAAGGUUUUCCUCCACAAACACUAAAAUUAUUUAGCUCAGAUCAAUAA